AUGUCCACUCCAGCAGAAACUGAGGCUGAUAAUGAACAUCAGAAGAGCAAGAAGCCAGCAGAUACCGCUUUUAAACAACAGAGACUCCCAGCAUGGCAACCAAUUAUUACAGCAAAUACAGCAUUACCUGUGUUUUUAGCAAUUGGUUUGAUAUUCAUUCCAAUUGGUAUUGUAUUGGUCGUCACAUCCGAACGAGUUUUGGAGUUCGAUUUGGAUUAUACUGAUACGAAUUGUAUAAGUUUGAAUGUAUCGAAUACAACGUGUGCAGAUGUUUUAGCACAAGCAAAUUAUACAGGUGCAAGUUGUACAUGUCAAAAGUCUUUUACUUUAGACAAAGAUUUUGAAGGUGAUGUAUAUUUUUAUUAUGGUUUGGUAAAUUAUUAUCAAAAUCAUCGUCGAUAUGUUCGAUCUCGAGAUGAUAAUCAAUUAUUAGGAAAGAAAGAUGCUGUUUCAUCGGAUUGUCAGCCAUUCCAAAAAUCAGUCAAUGGUACAGACAUUACACCAUGUGGUGCAAUUGCAAAUUCCAAAUUUAAUGAUACAUUGGUCUUAUCUUUGAAUGGAAAUACCAGUGUACCACUCUUGAGAACAGGAAUUGCCUGGUCAACUGACAAAGCAGUGAAAUUCAAAAAUCCUGAGAAUCCUCAAAAUUGGUUCGCGACAAAUCCGCAACCACCAAAUUGGCAACAUGAUGCUUGGCAUUUAGAUACAAAUCUGACUGAUGAUAAUAAUGGUUAUCAAAACGAAGAUUUUAUCGUUUGGAUGCGAACUGCUGCAAUGCCAACAUUUAGAAAAUUAUAUCGAAAAUUGAGUUCAACUGAAUCACCCACGUUUCAAAAUGGUUUACCCAAAGGAACUUAUGUUCUCACAAUAACUUAUAAUUAUCCGGUUACAAGUUUUUCUGGACGAAAACAAUUUAUCAUUAGUACGACAUCAUGGAUGGGUGGGAAAAAUCCGUUUCUCGGUUGGGCCUAUAUUACUGUUGGCAUUAUUUGCAUGAUCACCUUUGUUGUAUUCCUUGUUCUUCAUAAAACAUGGAAAACACAAAAUCGUCCACCGAUAUUGACAUUACAAAUGUCUCGAAUUCCUCCUGUUAUUCCAUUAGAUGGAAGGACUCUCAAUUCAUCUCCUGAACGUUCAUCAAUGGAUGAAAUCAAUCCAAAACCAGUUGUCUCGUCAUCCAUCACAUUUCCAGUAAGUAAUCAACAACAUCAGAAUGGUUUAUCGUCAAAUCUUUCUGGUACAAUCGAUUCUUUCAAUAACAAAACUUCAACUGUUGGAAAUGUUCCUAGUGGUGAAAUGUCGAGCAUGAGUAUCUCGAUUGACUCCUGUUCAUCUCCAAUCGAUGAUUUAUCAUUGGAACAAAAGAGUUAUUUAUUACGUGAAUCAGCUGAUCAAGUGAAUUUAUCUUCGUUAACAUAUCUUCAAACUAAACAACGUCAAAUAAAUCAUCGACGGAAUAAAAGUGAACCAGUUAUUCUUGGUAAUCUUACCGAACUUUCGUCUUUAACUUCUUAUCCAAAUACAUCAACAAAAGCCAUGCUUGAAUCGUCAUCGACAAGCACGACAAGUAACGAAUCAGCAUUGAGUGCAAAUGCUUCGUUUGAAAAGAAAAAGAAAAGUUCAAACAAGAAAACUUCACCAAUUUUAACUGAUAAUAAACAAAUAUUAAAUCAAGAGAGACCUUCGACAUCAUCGAUUACAAAGAAGAAGAAACCUUGGUAUAAUCCAUUUCAAUCGACAUAUCGACAAAGAAAUGAAGAUUUUCGAAAAUUAUUCAAAGAUUUACCAUCGGACGAGCGAUUAAUUGUUGAUUAUUCAUGUGCAUGGCAAAAAGAAAUUCUCAUACAAGGUCGAAUGUACAUAUCACAAAAUCAUUUAUGUUUCCAUGCAAAUUUUCUCAAAUGGGAAACGAGUUUAUGUUUAAAAUUUCAAGAUAUUAUCGGAAUAACACGUGAAAAAACAGCAAAAGUCAUUCCAAAUGCCAUUGAAGUUCGAACGAAUAAAAGUGAAAAAUAUUUCUUUGCAAGUUUUGCGACACGUGAUAAAAGUUAUGCAAUUAUAUUUCGAAUUUGGCAAACAAUAUUUGCUGAACAACCAAUCUCAACUCAACAAAUGUGGAAUAUGAUUCGUGAAAGUUAUGGAAAUGAUUUAGAUAUGAUUACAGAUGAAGAAGAUUCAUAUAAUAAAACAACAUCAACAAACUCAACACCUGAUAAAACUUCACUGAGACAACAAGAGCGUGAUAUAUCAAAUUCAAUAAGUUCAACAAAUAGUAAAAAAGGAGAAAUAGACGAUCAUUCAAGUAUUUCAUCGAGAAGUGAAAGACCAACAGAUGAUGAUAUUGAUGUUGAUGAUGAUCUUGGAAUAAUUCCAAUUGGAGAAGAAGCCAAUACAAAUACAUUAAUUCGUCAACCUCCAACUACUCUUAAUAAACAAGAAAAUCCUUUAUUAACAAUGACAGAUCAUUCUGAACAAACAUAUUUAAAUACAUGUCCAUGUCAAUCCCAUUUAGCAACAAAAUUAAUCGAUCGAACAUAUUCAACAUCAGUUCAACGUUUAUUUGAAUAUAUAUUUGAUGAUCGAGAUUUUCUCGCUGCUUAUCACGCUUCACGUCGAAUAAAAGAUUUUCAAGCGGGAGAAUGGAUCGUUAAUCCUGAAACAGGAAAAAGAGAACGUCUUUGUACUUACAAGGUCGGUGUUGCUGCUGUAUUCGGUGCAACAACGAUCUGUUCCAAUGAAAAACAAAUUAUCGAUUGUGAAUCAUCUAAAUCUCAUUAUAUAAUCGAUACGGAAGUUCGAAAUGAAGGAAUUAAAUAUGCGGACGCAUUCUUCAUUGCAUCUCGUUAUUGUCUCGUUCAGACAGGUCCAAACAAAUCACAUUUAAAAGUCACGUGUGAAGUUCGAUAUGUAAAAAGUGUUAUGGUGAUCAUCAAAUCUUUUGUCGAAAAGAAUGCCAUGGCUGCUCUUCAAGAUUCAUUUACAGAUUUGAACAAUCGAAUCGAAUUAUCAACAUCAACAGUGAAACGAAUUGAACAUGAAACAUCUGGUCGACAAAGAUCAUCAAGUCGAACGAAUCAUUAUGAGAAAGAGAAGAGUAACUCAUUACCAAAGAAAAAACAUUCGAGAAAACAACAAAUUCAUGAAAAUGAUUCUUCAAUUGAUAAUUCUACAUCUGUUCGAUAUCGAAAUGUUAUUCGUCAAGAAGAUCAACAUCCGAAUGAUUCAAAUUUAUCUCAAUCAACUGAUUUGACUUCAUCAACAUGGUCAACAAAGAAUUUCUUAUUUCCAUUUUGUAUAAUUAUAAUGUUAAUUUUACUUACUGUGAAUAUCUUUCUAUGCGUUAAAUUAAAUGAAAUUGAUCGAAUGACUGAUCGUCUUGUACAAAACUAUCCAUUAUGGUCAAACGAUUUCUCAUAUCCAAAACAAGAUAAUGAAUGGUCGAUUUUAUUAAAAAGACAAGAAGAAUAUUAUCAAACGAAGUUAAAUGGACUUCAUUCAGUUUUAUUAUCAACUCACAAUGCAUUGAAAAAUGUAACCGAUGCUCUUAAUGAAUUAUCGAAAUUGAGUAGUGGAUCGAAAUAA